CUUUUUUUUUUAAAUCGAGUUUCGGAGUCUAUAAAUACGAUGGAGCUCUCAAUUGCAAACACAUAAUAAUCAGCUCAAUCUAGACGAAGGAAGAGAUGGCAUGUCAAGGGAAGAACUCAUGGCCGGAACUUGUGGGGACGAACGGAGAUUUCGCAGCAUCGGUGAUAGAGAGGGAGAAUCCGAGGGUUGACGCUGUCGUGAUUCGGGCCGGGAUACCAGUGAUCGGAGACUUCAGGUGUGACCGUGUUCGGGUUAGGGUGGAUGGAAACCGUGUUGUCGUUGAAGUCCCUUCCAUCGGCUAGACUAUAUAUAUAUGCAUAAGUACAAUAACAAUCGAAUAGACAACAUGUUUAAUAACUUAUUGAUGAUUGAUCGUCAUAGAACAAUGUAAUGAUAUAUAAUAAGUGAAUCGACUACAUACGAUUCGCAAGUUGUCUGUUUGAUGGAUAAAUUAAGCGUUACCUUAUCAUUAAUAAAACGACCGUGUUCUGAAAAAUCAA